AAAAAGAAAUAGAGAGAGACCAGAAAAGCAAACGAUCCCCAUCCCAUCUGUUCCUUUUUUAUUCUUUCUUGUGCUUUCAACUUCCUAUACUGUGACUCACUUCACCUUCACCGAUCUAUUCAAGGGUUUCGUUUCGGAUCUCUCUCUCUCUCUUCAUUCAUCUCGUGUAGUGGCCAGUGGGGUUGAAGGUGAGAGAUGUUGAGGUUCCAUGUGGGAGGAAAAGUGGUGGAGAAAGUUGAUUUGUUAAGGAAGAGCCACUGGGCAUGGCGCUUGGACGUGUGGCCUUUCGCUAUUAUUUAUGUUUUGUGGUUAACUACCGUUGUUCCUAGCAUAGACUUUGGGGAUGCUCUCAUUGUUUUAGGUGGACUUGUAGCUCUUCACAUCCUGGUCUGGCUUUUCACUGCUUGGUCCGUCGAUUUCAAAUGCUUUGUCCAAUAUAGUAAGGUUAAUGACAUUCACCAUGCUGAUGCAUGCAAAAUAACUCCAGCCAAAUUUUCUGGUUCUAAAGAAGUAGUGCCUCUUCAUUUUCGUAAAUUACAAGCAGGUUCUUCUCCAUCCUCGGUUGAUUUGGAAGAGAUUUACUUUGAUUUCAGAAAGCAAUGCUUCAUCUUCUCAAAGGAAAAGGAGACCUUUUUCAAGCUUCCUUACCCUACCAAGGAAACAAUUGGAUACUAUCUCAAAAGUACUGGCCAUGGCUCCGAAGCUAAGGCAUUUGCUGCUACUGAAAAAUGGGGACGGAAUGUAUUUGAUUACCCACAACCUACGUUCCAGAAAUUAAUGAAAGAGCACAUCAUGGAACCAUUUUUUGUAUUUCAGGUCUUCUGUGUGGGUCUCUGGUGUCUGGAUGAAUAUUGGUAUUAUAGUUUGUUCACCCUGUUCAUGCUGUUUAUGUUUGAGUCAACAAUGGCAAAAAGUCGGCUAAAGACAUUAACUGAGCUAAGACGUGUUAGAGUUGAUGGCCAGACCCUAAUGGUGUAUCGGUGUGGGAAGUGGGUUAAACUCUCUGGUACUGAUCUACUGCCUGGGGAUGUUGUAUCUAUUGGGCGCAAUUCUGGCCCGAAUGGAGAAGAUAAGGCUGUACCAGCAGACAUGCUUAUAUUAGCUGGAAGUGCUAUUGUGAAUGAAGCCAUUCUUACAGGCGAGUCUACCCCACAAUGGAAGGUUUCAAUCAUGGGAAGAGGAAUUGAAGAGAAGUUAUCAAUUAAGAGAGAUAAAAGCCAUGUUUUAUUUGGUGGGACUAAGAUUUUGCAGCAUACUCCUGAUAAGACCUUCCCUCUGAGGACCCCUGAUGGUGGUUGUGUAGCAGUUAUUCUGAGAACUGGAUUUGAAACAAGCCAGGGGAAACUGAUGCGAACAAUUUUAUUUUCUACUGAGAGGGUUACUGCUAACAGCUGGGAAAGUGGGCUGUUUAUUUUGUUCUUAGUUGUAUUUGCACUAAUAGCUGCGGGUUAUGUACUUAAAAAGGGGUUAGAGGAUCCUACGAGGAGCAAGUACAAGCUUCUACUAAGUUGUUCACUUAUUAUUACUUCUGUGAUUCCUCCUGAGCUGCCAAUGGAACUAUCAAUAGCUGUCAAUACAUCUCUUAUUGCUUUGGCACGGCGUGGAAUAUUUUGUACAGAGCCUUUCCGAAUACCAUUUGCUGGAAAGGUUGAUAUAUGUUGUUUUGACAAAACUGGAACACUUACAUCAGAUGACAUGGAGUUUUGUGGAGUUGGUGGAUUAACUAGUAGCAUGGAAUUAGAAUCUGAUAUGUCUAAUGUGUCUGUGCGCACAGUGGAAAUUCUGGCUUCUUGCCAUGCCCUCGUUUAUGUCGACAACAAGCUGGUAGGUGAUCCUCUAGAGAAGGCUGCACUUAAGGGAAUUGAUUGGAGUUAUAAGUCAGAUGAAAAGGCCAUGCCAAAAAGGGGAAGUGGCAAUGCUGUUCAGAUUGUUCAGAGACACCACUUUGCAUCCCACUUGAAGAGAAUGGCAGUUGUUGUUCGCAUUCAGGAGGAAUUUUUUGCUUUUGUGAAGGGUGCCCCUGAAACUAUUCAGGAUAGGCUCAUUGAUGUGCCAUCAUCAUAUGUUGAGACCUACAAGAAAUAUACACGUCAAGGGUCUCGUGUUCUGGCUCUUGCUUUCAAGUCUCUUCCAGAUAUGACAGUUAGUGAAGCUAGAAGCCUGGAUAGGGAUAUAGUGGAGAGUGGCCUUACUUUUGCUGGUUUUGCGGUAUUCAAUUGUCCUAUUAGAGCAGAUUCAGCCACAGUCUUGUCCGAACUAAAAGCAUCUUCACAUGACUUGGUGAUGAUUACUGGUGACCAAGCUCUGACAGCUUGCCAUGUUGCUAGUCAAGUUCAUAUUGUAUCAAAACCAGCAUUGAUUCUUGGUCCAGCGAGGAACGGUGACGGGUAUGAGUGGAUAUCUACUGAUGAGACUCAGAUGUUUCAAUACAGUGAGAAAGAGGUUGAAGCUUUAUCAGAGAGUCAUGAUCUCUGUGUUGGUGGGGACUGCAUUGAGAUGUUACAACAGACCUCUGCUGUUUUACAAGUCAUUCCUUAUGUGAAGGUUUUUGCAAGAGUUGCUCCUGAGCAAAAAGAACUGAUCAUGACCACUUUUAAAACAGUGGGAAGGAUAACAUUGAUGUGUGGGGAUGGAACUAAUGAUGUUGGAGCUCUGAAGCAGGCUGAUGUAGGAGUUGCCUUAUUGAAUGCGGUGCCUCCAAGUCAAAGUGGAAACUCAUCCUCUGAAAAAUCUAAGGAUGAAAGUAUGAAGUCCAUCAAAUCAAAAAAAUCGAAGCCCACAUUGGAGGCAACUGGAAAGGCUACCAUUUUAAAUGGAGAAGGCUCUUCAAAAGGUAAAGGUACUACAAGAUCAGACACUAACCUUUCAGCUGGUAAUCGCCAUCUGACAGCUGCAGAGAUUCAAAGACAAAAGCUGAAGAAGAUGAUGGAUGAGCUAAAUGAGGAGGGUGAUGGUCAUGCAGCUCCUGUUGUCAAGCUUGGUGAUGCCUCAAUGGCAUCACCAUUCACUGCAAAGCAUGCAUCAGUUGCCCCAACCACUGACAUAAUUCGUCAGGGUCGAAGUACUCUAGUAACUACCCUCCAGAUGUUCAAAAUACUUGGCCUUAACUGCCUUGCUACAGCAUAUGUGUUGAGUGUUAUGUAUUUGGAUGGUGUCAAGCUUGGAGAUGUCCAGGCUACAAUCAGUGGUGUCUUCACAGCUGCCUUCUUCCUGUUUAUCUCACAUGCCCGUCCCCUUCCCACUCUUUCAGCUGCACGGCCCCACCCAAAUGUCUUUUGCUCCUACGUCUUACUUUCUCUCUUGGGACAGUUUGCAAUCCACUUAUGUUUCUUGAUUUCUUCUGUAAAUGAGGCUGAGAAACACAUGCCUGAUGAGUGCAUCGAGCCAGACUCCGAUUUCCAUCCCAACCUGGUGAAUACAGUUUCAUACAUGGUGAGCAUGAUGAUCCAGGUGGCUACUUUUGCUGUAAACUACAUGGGCCAUCCUUUUAACCAGAGCGUCUCUGAGAACAAACCAUUUUUGUAUGCCCUCUUGGCUGCUGUUGGUUUUUUCACAGUUAUAGCUUCCGAUCUAUUUAGGGACUUGAAUGACUGGUUGAAAUUGGUGCCUUUGCCAGUGGGGUUAAGGAAUAAGCUACUGAUUUGGGCUUUACUCAUGUAUUUGGCCUGCUACUCCUGGGAGAGACUCUUGAGGUGGGCUUUCCCUGGUAAGGUUCCAGCCUGGAAGAAGCGACAACGGCUUGCUGCAUCUAAUCUAGAAAAGAAGAAACAUGUCUGAGUGAAUGAAGACUUGAUGCGGAGUGGAUGGAACUGCAUUGGGCAUCAUUUGAAUGGCUCUGCAGUUGGUGCUGAUUGUAGCAUCAAAAGAGAGCCAUAGGGAAGGGAUAUAGCCAAUUGGUCUUACUUUUGUAACUUCAAUUUGAUUAAAUUAUGAGGUUUCUUCCUCUUGUAGUGAGAAAUUUUGUCUACCAACAUAAAAUAUUAUUUUGCAGAGAAAAAUGAAUAUUAGGCACUAGUCACUACUCAAAAACUGUGAUAUGAGAUACUUUUUGAUAUAGGAGAUUCAAAUGAAUAUUUUCAACUUUCAACGCAAA